AUGCCGAAUAUACCCCUAGUCCACUGCGGUCGCCGCACACCGCUGCCCACCGCCGUCGACCGCCACCGCCCGCCGCCACCCGUCGCCCACUGCUGCCCGUUGCCGUCGUCGGUUGCCGGCGGCCAGUGGCCACCGCCGCCGCCCGUCGCCACCCGCCGUCGCCCGCCGCUCGCCGCUGCCGCCCGCAGUCCACCGCCGUCGGUGACCACCGCCGACCAUCGCCCCCCGGUGGCCAUCGCCGGCCACUCGCCGUCGCCAGUGGUCGCCAGUGGCCACACCGGCCACCGCCCGACGCCGCCGCCAACCACCUCCGACCGUUGUCGCCGCCCGCCAACCACCUCCGGUCGCUGCCACCGGCGGUUGUUGUCAUCGUCGGUUGUCGGUUGCCGGCGGCCAGUGGCGGUCGGUGGCGGCCAACAGUUGCCGGUGGCGGCGACAGGUGGAGGAGGCCAACGACAACGACCGCUGGUUGCUACAAGCUCCGCCAGAAGUGCGGCGACAGUAGUGAUACAAAGUCCCAGACUUCAUUUCUCUCAAAUUGGGGCAGUUCUUCUUGCAUGGCUAUGA